AUGACCUGUCAACGGAUUUACGGCAGGAACCCCAUCUGUUUUGAUAUGAUUGAGGAAGCCUACAUGACAAAAUGCGGACACAGCUUCUGCUAUAAAUGUAUUCACCAGAGCCUGGAGGACAAUAACAGAUGUCCCAAAUGCAACUAUGUUGUGGACAACAUAGAUCAUCUUUAUCCCAACUUCUUAGUCAAUGAACUUAUUCUUAAACAGAAGCAAAGAUCUGAGGAGAAAAGACUCAAACUGGACCAUUCAAAUGGCCAUAGGUGGCAGAUAAUUCAAGAUUUGUUGGGAACUGAUCAAGACAAUCUUGACUUGGCCAAUGUUAACCUGAUGCUAGAGCUGCUGGUGCAAAAGAAGAAGCAGUUGGAAGCAGAGUCCCAUGCUGCCCAAUUGCAGAUCCUUAUGGAAUUUCUCAAAGUUGCCAGGAGAAACAAACGAGAGCAAUUGGAGCAGAUCCAGAAGGAGCUAAGUGUUCUGGAAGAAGAUAUUAAACGAGUAGAGGAAAUGAGUGGCUUGUACUCCCCAGUCAGUGAGGACAGUACGGUGCCGCAGUUCGAGGCUCCCUCACCUUCACACAGUAGUAUUAUUGACUCUACAGAGUAUAGCCAGCCUCCAGGCUUCAGUGGCAGUUCUCAGACCAAAAAGCAGCCGUGGUAUAACAGCACACUAGCUUCACGACGCAAGCGGCUCACAGCUCAUUUUGAGGACCUUGAGCAGUGUUAUUUUUCCACCAGGAUGACACGUGUCUCAGAUGACAGCAGAACCACAAGCCAGCUGGAUGAGUUUCAGGAGUGUCUAUCCAAGUUCACACGCUACAAUUCUGUCCGACCCUUGGCAACGCUGUCUUACGCUAGUGACCUCUACAAUGGCUCCAGCAUAGUAUCCAGUAUUGAGUUCGACAGAGACUGUGACUACUUUGCCAUCGCUGGAGUGACAAAGAAGAUUAAAGUCUAUGAGUAUGGUACAGUCAUUCAGGACGCGGUGGAUAUUCACUACCCCGAGAAUGAAAUGACUUGUAAUUCCAAAAUCAGCUGUAUCAGCUGGAGUAGUUACCACAAGAACCUGCUAGCCAGCAGUGACUAUGAAGGCACCGUCAUCCUCUGGGAUGGAUUCACGGGACAAAGAUCCAAGGUCUACCAGGAGCAUGAGAAAAGGUGCUGGAGUGUUGACUUUAACUUGAUGGACCCAAAGCUAUUGGCUUCAGGCUCUGAUGAUGCCAAAGUGAAGCUGUGGUCUACCAACUUGGACAACUCAGUAGCAAGCAUCGAGGCCAAGGCUAAUGUGUGUUGUGUCAAAUUCAGCCCCUCUUCUAGGUAUCACCUAGCUUUUGGCUGUGCAGAUCACUGUGUUCACUACUACGAUCUUCGCAACACUAAGCAGCCAAUCAUGGUGUUCAAAGGGCAUCGCAAGGCAGUCUCCUAUGCAAAAUUUGUGAGCGGGGAAGAAAUUGUCUCUGCGUCAACAGACAGUCAGCUGAAGCUGUGGAAUGUAGGGAAGCCUCACUGCUUGCGCUCCUUCAAGGGUCACAUCAACGAGAAGAACUUCGUAGGGCUCGCAUCUAAUGGAGACUACAUUGCCUGUGGAAGCGAAAAUAAUUCCCUUUACCUAUACUAUAAGGGCCUCUCAAAGACACUGCUGACAUUCAAGUUUGAUACAGUCAAAAGUGUCCUGGACAAGGACCGGAAAGAAGAUGACACAAAUGAGUUUGUGAGUGCUGUAUGCUGGAGGGCACUACCAGAUGGGGUAAGCUUUCUGCUCAGGCACCCAGCCGGGUGCAAAAGGAAUGCCUCCCGCUUUCUCACAAAAUAG